CCCGUCUCCUGCGCAGCUAGUCAGUGCUCGGUGGCAUAAGGGAAAAGCAGGCGCUUUUGCGAGUCCAGGCGAGUCCGCUCCACAGGACGCGCAGCCCGUCAUGGCAUGAGCGCAGAGCUGCAAAGACACGGGCAUCUCGCCCCCUUUUACCAGUGCUGUCUUCCGCAAAGGCGUUUAGUCGGCUCAUUGGGAAGCCGUGCGCUGGUGGCUGCGUUACCUUCGUAACCUCACUGCUAGAGCUGCGUUUUUUUUCUCUGGAUGUAGAAUAUAAAGAUGCAAUAUAAACCUGUGACUGAAGAAAAGAUAUUUAAGUGACUUUAAGUUGAAACUCUACUCCCAAUGACUCGCGCCUCACCCGAAGAGUAGCCUGUAUCUGGAGAGCUGAGUGUCCGCUGCAGCCAACUUAGAGAGACCGGCGGUAUGGCAGGUGUGGGCGGCCCAGGUGCGCUGCUCCUCUGCGCGCUGCUCCUGCCCUUCGCCCAGCUAAGCGCCCAGGUGCCCGAUUGCCAAGAGGUUCGUUCGUCCUUCCAACUUCUUCAUCCGGGAAUGAAAUGGGCACCGGAGAGCCCUGUGUCAGGUGCGGACCUACAGGUGUGCCAGUACAAAGGGCUGAGCUGCUGCUCGCGGAAGAUGGAGGAGCGGUACCAAGCAGUGGCCCGGCAGAACAUGGAGUCCAACCUGCAGGCGGCCAGCGCCCAGCUCAAGCUGCUCAUCAUGCAGAACGCCGCAGUCUUCCAAGAGGCGUUUGAGAUGGUGCUUCGCCACGGCCAUAACUCCACCCAGACCAUGCUGAGGGCGGAGUUUCCCGGCCUUGGGGGCGGGACCAACACAGCCGUUGGGCAGCUCUUCCUGGACAUCUCCUUCUACAGCAUGGGCUCGGACGUCAGUGUGGACGACAUGGUGACGGCCUUCUUCAGUCGGCUGUUCCCGGCGACCUACGGGCGCCUCCUAGGGGGCGGGACCGGCACAGCCACAGCGGUCUGGGUGGAGUGCCUGCGUGGCGCCUGGGUGCAGACCGGGGCCUUCGGCUCCUACCCCAAGCUGAUGAUGACGCGCUUGGCGCGCUCGUUGCCCGCCACCCGCACCUUUCUGCAGGCGCUCAACCUGGGCAUCGAGGUGGUGAACACAACGCAGCACCUGCGGCCCGGCCGGGACUGUGCCCGUGCCCUGCUCCGCCUCUGGCUCUGCCCCCGCUGUCUGGGGCUGUCCUCGGCCCCACCGUGCCCCACCCUCUGCCCCACCCUCAUGCAGGGGUGCCUCGGGGGGGCAGCCCAGGUGCAGCCCCACUGGCAGGCCUACGUGGAGGGGCUGGCGGCGCUAGCGAAGGCCAUGCGGAGCGAGCGGGACGCGGAGGACGCCAUGCUGCGGCUACACGCGGUCGUGCGGCUGGCACUGCGUCACGCGCUGUCCUCGCGCAGCCGCCUGCUAGCUGCGGUGAGUGCCACGUGCUCCCGCGCCACUCACCGUGUGUCUCGCUCAGCAUCGCCCCCUGCUGGCCGCAGCCCCCCUGCUCCUGACCGACACGUGCCGCAGCUCGUGCCCUUUGACCCGGAAGAGACCCUGGCUGGCCGCCGCAGGGAAUUCAUCGCCAGCCUGCAGGGCUUUAACACCUUCUACGGCAGCCUGGGGGAGACACUGUGCAGCAAGGAGACCCCGGCGCUCAACGGCUCCCACUGCUGGAACGGUCAAGAAAUGACAGCCAGGCUAUCUGGUUCGGGAGGGAAGCGUGUCCAGCAGAACAGCCCCGAACCCAAGCAAAAGGCCCCUGAGCCAGUCAUCAGCCAGAUCAUCGACAAACUGAAGCACAUCAACCAGCUACUGCGGCAGGUGACUGGGCCGGUGAGGCGUUGGAAGCCAGCAGGUGGCGAUGCAGAGCAGGGAGGGGAGACGCGUGGCCGGGAGGAUGACGGAGGGAUGUCGGAAAGCGGUGACUGCGACGACGAGGACGAGUGCGGUGACGUCUCGGGGAUGGGGCCCCCGCCACUCCAGAACCGCCUGCGCAUUUUCGCAGACCUUGCCGACAGCUUAGCCAUGGAUGACCUCACCUUCCACGAACAGCUGUUGACCCCCGAAGUCGCCACGGAUACCGAGGGGGGGUUGGCGGUUCCAGGUCGUGUGGGGACCCUGAGAGCACUGGGGGGGAUCGUCCCGGUAGCCAGCAUCCUGGCUGUGCUCGCCAUCCUGCUUGGACAUCCCUAAUCCCCACCCACAAUCCCUGCUCCCAUUGGAUAUUCAGCAGUCCAUCAACUGAGCCACACCCCCAUGCCCAGCUCCAUCCGAAUAAACAAUGAGGUCUUCUAACAUGACAUCACGCCACCCUGGAAUCAAUCUGGGGUCUCCCACUGUGAUGUCCACCCCAGUGAGGACUGACUGUGGGGUGAAUGAUCCGUACUCUUUUUAAACGUCUGUUUCACUGUUGACUUCCUGCUCUGGACUGCUCUCGGAAAAACCUACUAUAGACUUGUUCUCAUAUCUCAUCUCCAGCUGACGACCAUCCCAGCCCCCAUUUUGUAAAUACACACCCACACAGGCCUCCCCCCGAAGCCUUUUUUUGAGCUACGCAUGUUGGCAUUGUGUCUCUGCACCCAUGUCGGAUGUAUCGAAAUCACAGCAGCAGGGGACCUGGUGCUCCACGUAGUAGCGCCCCCUGCAUGCCAGGGUAUGCCAAACAAGCUUCUGUGUCACAACCACGAGGAUGUCUGUGUUUCAUCUGGGAACAGACUUCCAAAAUUCCUUUUAGUAACUGCAUUCUUUUUAGCCAUUCCCUAAUGGCUGCUCAGGUGAUCUAAGGCUUUCCAUUACCUUCCCAGUAUGGGGUGCCCAAUGCAAGCCUUCGUUUAUUUAACCUGCCGCCAUAGCAACUGCAGCCAGUAAGAGCAGUGCUGUUGGACAGUCAAGUCUGGCCUGGGUUGCAUCAGUUUAAGCUUGUUGGUCUUCCUAAUGUGCUACGGGUUCUCUAAGGUCACCAAACCAGGUCCACCAUACAUAUGUCAAUGGCAUGGGAUGGUUCUCUUCCCGAAACUUCUACAAACCCCCCCUUCUGACCAAAUUUGUGGAGAUGUUUGGCCCCUUAGUGUGGGUCACCAGCAUUACCACAGGGUUUCCAGAUGGUAUAGGAGAGGGAAGAAGGGGUGAAGUUAGUAAGGUGUAACAGAUGCAGCCAUUGUCGUUGUUUAUGUAAUAAUAUCAAUGUCUAAUCCUUGCUGUCACUUUAAAAACUCCAGCCUGUUUUUCUGGCCAUACUUCCUCCCUGAUGGGAUCAGUGACUUCCCUGCUCAGUCCUAUGGAUCUCCAAGCCAUGCUCUGGAUCUUCUAUCCACCUGUACUGUCCAGUUUUGUUCGGGAAGUAGGGCGAAAGUCUCAGUGGGAGACUGAAUGGAAUGUUCUGUUAGUGUGGAGGAGACAGACUGCAAGCAGAGACCACCAUCUCCUGGAAUCCCGUAAAAGCAGGACACGCGUGUGUCAUGGGUGAAGAAGCGGGACACGCGUGUGUCAUGGGUGAAGAAGCGGGACACGCGUGUGUCAUGGGUGAAGAAGCGGGACACGCGUGUGUCAUGGGUGAAGAAUCAGGCCCCAAAAGCAAUUUCCUUCUGUGUUUUAGGUGUUUUGGAAAAGCAGUAGGCUUCUCUGUUUAGAGCCGGGUUUGUCUUCACUCGCUCUCCUGGGUGUGUUUCAGCUCACCGUAUUGAACGUGACUAUUACACUAUCCAACAAUUCACUUUAGUGCUUUCAGGUUUCCUUGACGCAAAGGUACUUAAUAUAUCCAAACAUGUGUCAGCCAAACCCUGUAAAGGGUAAGAAAUGUUUUCUUUUAUAAAUGUUGACAUUGAGAACAGAAUUUUCCUGUUUUGCAAAAAAAAAAAUAAAAUAAUAAA